ACACACACGCACACACGCACACACACUCAGAGUGGUUCUCAUACACACUGCAGGAGCAGACCUUCCUGUACUGGGGUGGUAACUGGACGUAGAAGUAUUGAGGGGACUGGAGUAAACAGGGUGUACAGCGUCUAAAGAGACUUGAACUAGCUGGGAGCCACAAGUCAUCAUGGUUAUCCUGCUGGUCCUCACACUGAAGGUUGUCCUCCUCUUAGCUGCUGUGUGGAGUGUGUGUUCAGCAGAGUUGAUCACAGUGGAAGGAUAUGAGGGGGGCAAGGCAGAGAUCAGAUGCCCCUAUAGAGAGGAGUGGAGGAGCCACCAGAAGUACCUCUGUAAAGGGGAUUGUCCUGUUUUGAAUAAAAACAAAGUUAUUAAGACUGAGGCAGGGGAAAACAGUGCUUCUAACGGGAGAUACUCGCUGAAGGACAACAGAGAGGAAAGUGUCUUCAUUGUGACAAUCACCAACCUGACGUUAAAUGAUGCUGGGAGAUACUGGUGUGGAGUGGACAAAUGGGGACAAGAUUACUACAUUAAAGUCACCCUUGCAGUCUCUAGAGCGACACCAACAAUAACCAGCACCACAAGAAAACCUGCUACAAAAACAACAGCAUCAAACCCAGGUUCACCAACGCUAUCAUCCUUAGCCACCUCCAUCUCAUCGUCAUCCAUCUCACCACCAUCAUCCAUCUCAUUAUCAUCAUCCAUCUCUCAACUAUCAUCCAUCUCAACACCAUCAUCCAUCUCAUCAUCAACACAAAAUGGAUUUGAUACAACAGUGAUCAUCAUAGUAUCUGGGACUCUGGUCAUGCUGCUAUUGGUGCUUGUGGUCAGGCUGCUCAUAGUCUAUAGAUGGAAAUUCAACAAGGAAACAGCUGUCUCCUCAGCACCCAGGGUGAACACAGACACUCGGAUCAACAUAGAGGGUUGUUAUGGUGAUGGUGACUAUGAGGAAAUAAAGGACUGCCCCCUACAGUCCAGUUCAGGUAGUGAGACCCCCACCAUCUACGCCACUGCCAACUUACCCACAAGCCCCUCUGACUCUCUCAACUAUGCCAGUGUCAACUUCCACAAGGACCCCAGCUGCCCCAAUGAGGCCACUGCCGCCAUCGCUAAAAGGGGCACUUUUUCUGGUGACUAUGCCACUGUCAACAUAAGUCAAAACCCUGCCUACUCUACUGUCAAUCAUCCACACAGCUCCUCUGAGGCUCCUCCCAUCUACUCCACAGUGAGCAAAUCCAGAGACACCUGAGUCACUGACAACCAAUCACAAGGGACAUACACACACUGGCAACCAAUCACAAGAAACAUGUCAUGAACUACGUUUGCCACUAACAGCAUCUAGUACAUUGAGCUCUGUUUUUAGCUGACAGCUGCAUAAUGUGCUUCAUGUCCCCACAAUGUGUUUCCCUGACUUCUCUCUUCCAUCAGAUGUGUUUCCCUGACUUCUCUCUUCCAUCAGAUGUGUUUCCCUGACUUCUCUCUUCCAUCAGAUGUGUUUCCCUGACUUCUCUCUUCCAUCAGAUGUUUCCCUGACUUCUCUCUUCCAUCAGAUGUGUUUCCCUGACUUCUCUCUUCCAUCAGAUGUGUUUCCCUGACUUCUCUCUUCCAUCAGAUGUGUUUCCCUGACUUCUCUCUUCCAUCAGAUGUGUUUCCCUGACUUCUCUCUUCCAUCAGAUGUGCUUCCCUGAUGUCUCUCUUCAACUUGUCUUCAUGUCAUUUAAUUGCAUGGUCAUAUCUGCAGAUAAAUAUUGUCUCACUAUUUGGCAAGCACUUAAAAAGGUAUCACACCUUUUGACCAAGGCAUUAUAACUGUCUAUUAACUGUUUUUUUUUUACACAUUUGUAAAUGAUUAAAUAAGCAUUAAUGAUGUCAUGAUAAACUCCUGAUAAAGGGUGCCUUUUAGCUUAGCCUUUAACCAGUGAUUGUUUUAGACGUCCUCUGUGUUUUAUGUUCUUUAAUUUAUCCUUUUUACUGCUUCCUGUUUGCUUCUACUUUUUCAUUUGAUUGUUUUAUUGUGAAUUGUGUUGCGAUUGUAAAUGCAAUUUAAAUUAAAGGGGAAGUGCAGUUAAAAACUUGACUUCCCUGUUUUUUUAUGAUAGGUGGAAAUAACACUAGGAAAUUGUGAAAUUUAUGAUAAUUACCUUUCUGUGUGAGAGCUGUUUUAAAAGAAUGCCUGGAAUUUCAGCAUGUUCAUGAAGCCACAAUCUGAUCUGAUUGUAAGGGACCAAUGACGGGUCAUCUAGGUAAGUGGGUGGGCCCUAGGCCAUCCUAUCAGCCAAUCAGGGCUGUGUUUGUUUCCUAACACCCACACGAUCAAUGGCCAAAAGAGGCUCAGGGAAAUACAUUAUAAAAAAAUAUACAUUUGACUUAUUUUGAUCAAAUAAACACACACAGUAACUAUAUAAAAAUGACAUUGAAAUAACUGCAUGGGGCCUUAAGUUUGAUUUGAUAUUUUCACAUACAGUAUGUUACAGUUGAUACAAAACAGAGCAGCACAUAUUGCACUUAGAUGUACACAGAGGGCAAAUGUCAACUACAUGCAUGUCAGUCUCUCCGGACUCAAAGUUGAGGAAACAUUGACUGCAUCACUAUUGGUCUUUGUGCGAGAUGUUGAUGUUGAAGCUACCGAACUGUCUGUUUAGGCAGUUGGUUCACAGUUCGGACACUCAUUGGUACCAGACAAGACAACCAGAGGUCUCUUCACAGUCCCCAGGGCCAGAACAGAGGCUGGGAAACACAGUAUUAAAUAGAGCCAUGACUACAUGGAACUCUCUGCCACCCCAGGUAACUCAAGCUAACAGAUAAAAGACCACCUUAUUGCAGGAUGGAGACUGUGAAGAGACACAGACAUGUUUAUGCAUGUUGUAUUGUUUUCUACAUUGUAUUAUGUGUUGUAUUAUGUAUGUGAUACGUGGUUAGGAUAUGACUUUGAUAUGUGGUUGUCUCGUCUUAAGAUGAAUCCACUGGCUGUGGGUCGCUGUGGAUGGGAGUGUCUGCUGAAUGGCUCAAUUGCAAUGUAAAUGUAGUGCUGUAUAUUUCUGUAUAUUAUGUACUUUAUUUGUUAUUUUGUUUAAUGUUUGGUCCCCAUUGUGAUUUUUUCAGUACAUGUGCAAAUUAUUUAUUUCAGAAGGAGCCAGCAAAACUAGUGCACUCCUUGUGCUCUAGGUCAUUGGACACCAUUAGACAUGCACCUGGUUAUUCUUGUAACUGUUAUAGCCAACUAUGGUUACACCUCUUGGGUCUUUUCCAGAACAGGGGUUCCCCUUUCAGUGGAGUCAGCAGGAUGUCAUGUAUUGGUUAAUCCUGUAGAGUGCCAAGGUCUGUUGCUAUGGUCCUACAUGCAUGAAACUAUUUUUGUGACUCUACAGGUUGCAUGUCCUAAUAUGAAGGCAAUAUGAUAAUGGUGGCUAAAUGCCAGAGGUGAUAAGCCAUUAAGAGGAGUUACUAUGAGAAUGAUGUAAGAAGGACAAAUGUAUAAGUAUUCUGUGCCAAGGCUGGAAGGCAGUUGUUUUCAUGAUUCCAGCUCGGCUUUUAUUAUGAAGUAAUAAAAAGUCUAUUUCAACUCA